AGAGAAUCCAAAAACAUCAUGACUUCAUCAUCUUCCCCAUCAACGUUUGGUUUCUCCGGCCUCAACCGCAUCUACUGUUACCCCAUAUAAUUAUGGGAUAGAACCUCUAAAUGGUACAAUCUUUUCAACAUGGAGAGAAUCUGUAAAGCUCUCACUUGGCAUGAUGGACCUCGACCAAGCACUGAGAACUGAUCCACCGGAUGCUCCUAACGCUGAGAGCACUGUGGAUCAGAAGCGUUCUUAUGAACAGUGGGAAAGGUCCAACCGAAUGUGCCUCAUGGUGAUCAAGAAUUCCAUAUUUGUCGCUAUUCGCGGAGCCAUUCCAGACUCUGAAAAUGCGAAAACCUACCUAGAAUAUGUGGAAGAACGGUUUAAGGGAACUUCUAAAGCACAUGCUAGUACCCUAAUUCUUAAAAUGUUGACAAGUAAAUACGGUGGAGUGAGUGGUAUUCGUGAGCACAUCAUGAAAAUGUCUGAUAUGUCCAAUAAGCUCAAAAGCAUGGACAUGGAGAUCAGUGAAGGUUUCCUCGUUCAUUUCAUAAUGACUCCUCUACCUGCAUCAUAUGGUCCGUUCAAGAUCAAUUAUAACACGCAGAAAGAGAAGUGGACAAUGAGCGAGUUGAUUGCUAUGUGCGUUCAAGAAGAAGAGCGCCUUAAAGCUGAAAAACUAGAUGUUGCUCAUCUCACCACCACAAACUCAAAGAAAAGGAAAGGUAACCGUCAAGGAGGAAGAAAAAGUUAUACUUCUAAGGUCCCAAAGAUAGGUGCAAAUGAGAGCUCCGGUCCCUACUGCAAGUUUUGUCGCUUCAAAGGGCAUUACCAGAGGGAGUGCCCUAAGUUUAAGGCAUGGUUGACUAAGAAAAGUAACUUAACCACUUAUGUGAUUUAUGAGUCAUUGAACACAUCAGUUCCCCUUAAUACUUGGUGGAUUGACUCUGGUUCAAUGGUUCAUGUUUCAAACACACUGCAGGGAUUCCAUUCAAUCCGGACAUUGGGAAGAAAGCAAAGAGUGAUUAAGGUGGGCAAUGGAGAAGAAUUAGAAGUGGAGGCCAUUGGAACUAUCUCAUUAAUUUUAUAGAGUGGCUUCAUUCUUCAUCUUUGUGAUGCUCUUUAUGUACCUAAUAUUACUCAUAAUUUAGUGUCUGUAUCGAAACUAAGUGUUGAUGGUUUUACAUUUAAUUUCGUAUACAAUAAAGUGACAUUAAGCUUGAACUCAAAUGUAAUAGGAUUUGGUAGCAUGGAGGGAAACCUCUAUAAACUAUGCUUAGAUACUAAUUUUAUGGAAUCCCCAUUGUCAUUUAAUAUAACUGAAAAUCCUUGCAAGAGAAAGAGAGAAUUAGAAUCAUCGUCUAAUUUGUGGCAUCAAAGGUUGGGCCACAUAUCACGAGAUCGAAUGAUAAGACUCAUGAAAGAUGGCAUUUUUCGAAAUCUUGAUUUCUCAGAUUAUGACAAAUGUGUGAAGUGUUUGAA